UUAGUAAGUCGUCAGACUUAGCAACCCAACCCAGUAUCUCAUUCACUCUUAAAUUGUGAAGCCUAUACCUUACACCAAGAUGGGGGCAUGUACUACCACGACGAAAAUCUUUUUGAUGAUUAUCAGUUUCGUGUUUUGGGGUGCAGCAGUUGCCCUUUGCUUCAUCAGUGCCUGGGUUUUCAAGACUUACAAUGACUUUGGACACCUAACGGAAUCCACACUUAUUCUGCUGCCAGCUAGCAUUGUGCUAGGCAUAGGCAUUUUCAUGUUCAUUGUGGGCUUGCUAGGGUUCAUCGCUGUCUGCAAGGAGCACAAGUUGCUGUUGUCCAUAUUCUUCUGCCUCAUCCUGGUCAUCUUUCUGGGAGAGGUAGUGGCAGGAAGUCUUGGAUACGUCUAUCGCAAAGAUGUUGAAAAGACUGUUUCUGAUGGUCUCACCGAUGCAUUGAAAAAUUACAAUGACACCAACAAGGCUGGCCAGAUUGACUACCUUCAAAAAGAGCUGCACUGCUGUGGUGUGCAUAAUGCCAGUGACUGGACAAUGUACCCUUUCUCAAAGAUGGCUGUUCCCACCUCUUGCUGUAAUUUGACACAGGUUUACAAUACCACUACCUGUAAUACUCAGAUUGGAAGCAAAGACAUCUACAAUGAGGGCUGUCUAGAUGUCUUGGAGCACAAGUUUAUUGUCAACCUGAUCUACAUUGCCAGCACUACAAUAUCCUUUGCUGUUAUUCAGAUUCUGGGAUUGAUCAGUGCUUGUAUCCUGAUCUGCCGAACUCAUGAGGUGAAGUACGACCGCCUGGAGAAUGCACAGCGCAACGGUCUUCGGGUCUGAGGUGUGGGACCAGCAGGUGCAGUGCUGACAAAUUUACUGGCUGGUCCUACCCCUGCUGUAGAGCAGGCAUCUCUCAUUUGGAGAAAGCUUCUUUUUGUCUUCUGUCUGUCGUGAGGCACAUAUUUUGUCUUUUUCUUGUUUUAUUGUAGUCCAGACAAGACUUAUGCAGAUAUUUGUUUCCAGUGUGUUGCAUGUGGUAUUAUUGUUGCUAGAGGUUGCAUUUUAUAUUUAUUGUGCCAGACAUUAUUUUCCACGUGUGGGGAAGAAGACAGCAGAUGUGGGAUGUUGGUCAUUUCCAUUGAGGCUCUUUUUCUGGAUUGUUUCACUGGGAUGAGACUAAGACUAUUGUGUAUCAUUAGAGAUGAUAGGUGAUUGGAGAAAGGGUUAGUCUGUUGGAUAAACAUAUUUGGAAAGAUCACUUCCUCACUAGAUGGAUCUCAUUCUGUGUCCUAAUAGCUAUACUUCAAUGGAUUUUCAAUUAGUUGUAAGUAUUUUAUCUUUCUGCACAUUAUGCUAUCAAACUUUGGAUUGUAGUGUAUUGACUGCAUGAGCAGGGAAAGCCCUGCUUACCGGUGAUCGCCUCAACUUAUUUAUUACUGACUGGUAAUUGCAGAACUCCUACUAUGAGGUAGUAUUAGGAACAGAUGACGUCUAGGCAGGCUUAUGAAUAAAUAGCUUUUAAUGUAAGACAUCAUUGUCACAAAAUUAGCAAAAUAAAGAUGAGGUGCAUGGAAUGUGUAAGCAGCUGUCUGUGAGGCAGCUGAAGUGUUGGAUUAGACUGUCAGGCACCUUUGGGACAUUACUGAAAGGAGAGAACUGCAGAGAUAGAUUUGUGACUGGAUAGCUUGUGAUGUUUUUUCCUACUUUAACCAGUUUGGCCUUGGAAUUGUUACAGAGAAACACAGAUUGACCAUUGUAUCAAUGUUUGUGUGUGGACAGUUAUCAUGAUAUAAAAAAUAUGAACUUUUAAUUAAAUCAUAAAAAUCUGUUCAGCUGCUAGACAUUCUGGUAAGAUAGGAAUCUUCUUUCCAUGUUUUCAAAAAUCCCUAACAAAAUCUUUGGUAUAAUGCAGGUAAUUAUGCUUAAUUUUUGGACUACCUAAAGAUACACAGUAUUGCAAGUAGAUUUUCGACUUGAAAUAUGCAUAUUACAGACAGGCUGGUGCAUCAAAGUAGACAGUAUUUUAUUUUUGAAGAAGCUGAACAUUUUGUAUCUUAAUAUUUCAGUGGCAAUACUCGCAAGCAUUGGGUGCAAUCUCACAAACCCAGAAGAGAUUAGAUUUGUUUCUCAAUUUUACUAUUGUUUUGAGGGUUGCUACUAACCCAUGUUGCUUCAUUAUUUUGGCAUUCUCUGUGUUAUGUAAAUUAGUUGCUUUGUUGCUUACAUAGUUAAUAACUCACCAUGAAAAACAUGUUAAAUUAUUAUCUGUGAAGAAUUAAGAUAUGCAAAUUAUUACCACCGACAUCUAAAAAAGCAGAUUCUGUUUCAUUUCGAAUGUAAAAAUUGACAUUGUGGAGUUUUCCUUGAUCUGAUGUACACAUACAUGUUCGUAUCAGUCACAAGUCCAAGCAGGGUACAAAAGUAGCAAUGUCUUUUAAAGAAUUAAAAAAUCCACUUUAAAGACUGGACAUUGUAUUGGAAGUCUUGUAAACAUGACAACAGUGGGGGAGCAGAUCGAGAUCUGGAAUCUGUGAUAACUGGUGCAAUACCUCUCAACUGACCCAUUUUUUCACUAGAUACUUAUGGAGGGACUGGGCAGGUAAGGUAGUGACAAAGAUGCACCAGUCUCACAAUGAGCUGGCCAUGAGAAAAGUGGGAUCUCCACUCCCCAACGAUUAAAAAAAUAGUUUUUUUUCUACCACACUGUUGGCACGUGCUGUGGUUUAGUAUUUGGACAGCCUGUAAGAUUGGGACAGCUGAUAGCAUCGAACGAAAUGACAUAUCUUUUCAAACGCAACUAGUGUAUGUUGUAACACAUUCAAUUUAAAUAUUAUUGUAUAUAAGAAUGUGUAGAAAAGCAUGUGUGAAAGACUUUUGUGUUAGACCUACAUAUUUAAUAUUUUUGUGAUUUUAGGUUGGUUUUUUUUUAGCUUCCCUUUUAUCACCUUGUAAUAGUUUUUCACUUUGCUGGAACAGAAAUAUGGUUGGUUUUUUUUUCAUGUAGGAUGAAUAAAAUUGCUUUAAAAUGUUUGAUAAAACAGUACAAACGGGAAGGUGCAAAUGUAAGCCUGAUGUUAAAGAAUCUUUACACAUAAUUUUUAUUAAAAAGUUUCCAUUUAAAGAAUGCAUAUUUACACAGUUUAGAUACCAAUAAGCUAAUAGAAAUUACAAAUAUAAGUGGUUUCUUUAAACUGGAUGUAUAAUCUAACAUUGGUGGGCUAUGACUCUUGUGCCACAGUGCUAGUGCCAGAUCCCACUUUUUUUAGGACAUGAACAUAAACAGUGUCCUUCAUGCUGGAGACCAAUAUGUCAUCCUGUCAAGAAUUCUUAGCAGGAAAUGGAUUGCAUUGUGAUAUGUGUCAUUAAGUGUAUUUCAGCACUUGAAAGAAAUUUUUAAUCAGAAAAUCUGACAAUAUCUCUUAAUUUUAGUAACUUUAAAUGAGCUGUGAAAAGAUUUUACUGUUAGCAGUGAGAUUUCUAUUCUGCAAUGAAACGUGUAUAUAUUUUUAUUUUCUCUGAAAAGUGCUGCACUCCUCAGUAAAAUUAAUAAAUGGAUUUUUUCUACAAA